AUGAAAAUUUUAAUUCUUCUUGGACUCAUAGGAGCUACAUCAGCAGCUCCGCUUGUCUCACAGCGCCUAUUGUCUGCUAGCAACAGUCAUGAGUUACUCCUGGGUCUAAAUAAUGGUCGACUUUUGCCACUGCAAUUUCAGGGUGCUUUUAACCCCUGGAUUCCUCCCUUCCCUGGGUUUCUGCAACAGCAGCAGCAGCAGCAGCAGGCUCAGGUCCCAGGACUCCCACAGUUUCCACUCUCAACAUUAGAGAGCUUGGCUGGGCUAUUCCCAAAUCAGAUACCUUUCUCAGGACAGGUUGGGUUUGCCCAAGGAGGUCAGGCUGGCCAACCAGAUCUCUCACAGCCACAGACACCACCACAAAGCCAACAGGUUGCUAACCUUAUGUCCUACAUGGUUCCCUUCAAAGUGCCCCAAGAUCAAACACAGGUGCUUGGGUACUACCCAAUUUACAUGCUGCUUCCCUGGGAGCAAACUCAACAAAUGGUCACAUCAUCACCCCAGCAAACAGGGCCACAGCUAUUUGAGGAACAGAUACCAUUCUAUAAUCAAUUUGGAUAUGUACCACAACAAGCAGAACCUGAUGUACAAGGAGGACAGCAACAUUUAGCUUUUGACACCUUUGUAGGCACAGCUCCUGAAACUCCUGGAAUGCCAACAGAAGGAAAGCCACUGUAUUCCCAAAGAGAACCAGUCAACUUUAAGCUUGACAAUGUAGGAGUCUUCAUGCCUUCAACUUCACUAAAGCCCAACACAGACCAUGUUUUCACUUCUGCAAUAGACCCGACUAUUGCCCCAGUACUUCCAGAACAGAAGGCCAAGACUGAUAACAUAAGAGAACCUUAA